CCCUAAUCCCUAUGUAUAAACUUGUAGCCCUAGAGCAUCCUAGUCGCUUAACAUUUCGACAACACAAAACAGAAGCUUCCGCCAUGGCGCUACUGGGGGCAGCUCCAGCCUUGCGCGUAUCACCGUCAGCGAUACAGCCGGUCACAGCGGUGCUGACGGACGUCAUUAAUAGUGGGCGUGUCACAGAAUCCCCUCAGCAAUUGUCUUCCGGCGCAGUCAGCAGCAGCAAGCAGAGGGGCCUGGCCCGCUCCGCCGCUUCACCUCUGAAGUUGGUCGUCGCCACGGACGCUGUGCUGGAACAUUUCUCGCAGCUGCAGCUUACGCCGCAGCCGGCUGCUACCCAGCCGCCUGGAACCGCAUCACCUCUGACUGGUUUCAGCUUCCAAACUCCUGCUUCUGUUGCCUCCAACUUCACCGGCUUCCUGACGCAUCCACAGCGCACGCCGGAGGAGCGAGUGCUGCGGCUUUUCGCUGACGAGGAUCCCGAUGCUGAGGAGCCGGCAGCGGCAGAGUUUGGGAGUCCCUCCAGUAGCUUCCACCGCCGCAUGGAGCAGGUCAUCAACCCUGUGCCGGGCCAGGGCACGCUCGCCAACAGUGCCACGGCGAAACAGGCUCCCAGCGACAGCAGCACAGUGGCCGUGCUAGGCGCGCGCACGCCAGUCGGUACUGUGACCCGCCAGCCCGUGUUCGCUGCAGACGGUGAAGAGGAUAGCAGCGACGACGAGAUCGACCUCGCGGAGCUCGUGCGGAUGGGUGUCUCGCCGGCGAGCAUCAGUAGCUGCUGUCGCACUCCAGUCACGCCUGCGGAGGUGCUGCACACGCUCAUUAGCCCUGGGGAGGCGGUGGGCACCGGAGCGGAUGCCGACCUUGGAGCUCUGCGAUCCCCUUGAGUCACUGAGUGGCUGACUUCUAUGCCAGCGUGGGGUGGCGCUAGACGGCGUGGUGUGGGUUCGGCUAGUGGUCAAGGAGGGAGCGGUUAUCAUUUUCGGUGGCGGCGGCGCAGGGCUUGGCGGCGGCGGCGGUAGCAGCCCUGGGCCCAGCAGUGGCGGCAUGCAUGUGCGUAGCGGAGGGAGCAGGCAAGGCCAAGUGGAGGAGGAGAGCGCGGCGCCGCCCAGGAAGCGGCGCCAGUGCGCAGGUUGAGGCCCGGCCGGUGUCUGGUUAGCAGUCUUUGCUGGCGAGCAUAGCAUGGCACGGGGUGUAGUUGCCCUGUGUCUGCUGGGCUUGUGCUGGACAGCGGGACACGGCUGGACACAUGGCAGGCGGUGCCCGUACAAAUUGACCCCGGCUAUGUCCGAGAUAAGGUAGACGCUUGCAGCCUCAGACGGGAGACGUGGCGUGGGCGCAGCCCACGUUACCCAUGAGAGUUAACCCAUUUCCUUGUCAAAAAUGCCGUGCCGUCUAGGUUCGUGGUGUGAGUAGCUGUCGUGCCUGCGAGGUUGGGUCUGGCCCCAAUACACUGUUCUAGGUAUCUCGUACUAGGCGUAGAUUGAACAAAUUGUUGCUUCAUGUGGGAACGCGGUGGUGGCGAGAGCCCUGGGUACCCCGGUUGUGACACAGUCUGCUGUAGGGUGACCUGUUUGCCACAUGGUGACAAUCAAUGGGACUGGCUUUAGUCGACCACGCUCCGGGUUCGCUUGAGGCUUUGUAUUGCAUCACAUCAUAACGUGCAGAUCUUUGGUCGAGAGGGCUGAGCACGAUUCCUACCUCCCGCACCUCACGGCACACAAGCUUGAUUCCAAGGCAUGCUAUCAGUAGUUAGUCGCGGGCAUAACUUGUCCGCGCCUGGAGGUGCGCGUGCGGGGUGCACAAUCAAUUUGUUCGACUGUAGGGUUACAGCAUGCUUGCACAUCUGUUGGACGUCAUUGUGCAGGCAGAUCUGGCACUACCGUACUGCAUACUGCAUAGAAUUCGCUUAUCAUGUACGGGUUAAUGUGCUGCACUGUUUGCAAGACGAGGUGGUGAGGAAAGCAAGUAGCACAUAGGACCAUAGAUGGAGGCACGUAGCGCAUGUAGGGGAAGCCACGCUCUGGACCUGUUCAUAGAAUCAAUCGUAGGGCUCAUGAGGCGUGUUGGAUGGCGCCUACUUGCGACGCGUGCUGUACAUCGUGCCGUCGCUUUGGGGUGGAGGAGCACCCGAGCCAGGUGGAGUAGCACCCGCACCCCUGACCCCCGCCUUGAAAGGAGUGCGAGGCGAGGCAUAUGAGCAGUGCUGCUGUAAUCUCUGUUAGCAAGCCGGACAGCGAAAGGGUAAUCAUGUUUUUUUAAGUGUAGACAAUUGAUGGCGACUGUGGCGACUCGUUGCGAGGUAAAGAGCCCUAGGUAGUGGUUCGCGGACCGCGGUGGGGCUGGCAUGCCCUGCGUAGCGGCAUGACAACUUGACAAGUAGUGCCGCUGUUGACAACUGUGCUGCGUCUGGCUGCGGUUGGCUCUGCUGGGCAUCGCGAUUGCUAUGCACCUGGUUUGGCUAUGUGCCUGUGGAAACCGACCCCGGCUAUGUCCGGGCGAUGAGGUUGUUCGGUCUUAGACUGUGGAGGGGCUCAGCCCCUUUUCCCGUGACCGGGGAACACUUGUUAAGUGUAGGCACGGAACUGCUGCUUGUAAUGUUGCAUUCAU